AUGGUACCGGGACGCCGGUUGGCGAUCCAUAUGGAAGUGCAGGCCAUUGUGUCUGCCUUGGGCGAACAGCCCCGUGAUACGCCGCUUUACGUCGGGUCCGUCAAAUCUGUCGUCGGCCAUCUGGAAGGAGGAGCUGGACUGGCGGGCCUCAUAUCUGCUACGCUAGCUGUGGAAUCCAAAACCAUUCCGCCUGUGGCUGAUCUGAAGACAUUGAACCCAAGGAUCGUCCAAAGAGACGAUCUGAAGUUUGCACGGGAAGCAAUGCCAUGGCCCAGGAAUGGCAUUCGUCGCGCGUCAAUUAACUCGUUUGGGUUUGGCGGUACCAAUGCACACGUCGUCCUGGACGAUGUGGAGGGGUUUCUGAGCGAGUUCUUUAGACAUAAAACUACUGGGACGCUGCAGGUGACAGGUGCCUCUUCAAAAACGAUCAAAAGAAGCUUUCAUGACGCUGGGAGAGAUGGUUCGAAACUACUCGCAAAUGGGGAAUCGAAUGGCAAGAAUGGCAUUCCUAUCCUUAGUUGGGCGCCGGAAAAUCAUGUGGUCAUUCUUUCGGCGUUUGAUGAAGCUGGCUUGAACCGGAACGCGGCGUCAAUGAUAUCUCACCUCAAAUCAUUAGAAUUCAAGGGAGAGUCCGACCAGGAAGGGGCUUUCAUGAAUGACCUGUGUCACACAUUAAAUGAGAAACGCACACUGUUUGACUGGCGCAGCUACCACGUCGCUGACACUAUUGAGAACCUACAAAAGUCGCUUCGAAAUGUCAGUCCACAUCGUCAAUCGACAAGCUCGAAGGUUACCCAGUUCAUAUUCACGGGUCAAGGUGCGAAUUGGGCUGCCUGGAGAAUCGCCUACUGCCGAGGACAGGUUUGUGCAAAACAGACACAUGGAGAUGGCCGCAUGCUCGCGGCAGCUAUGUCUGUGCAUGAGUUGGAACGACUGUUAGCUCACGUGAACCAAGGUCUACCCUCUAAGGUCCAGGUCGGAUGUUAUAACAGUCCCAAGAACUUGACCCUGACAGGCCGACACGAGGGCAUUCUCCGUGUCAAGGGCGAGUUAGACGAAGCGGGUGUGCUAAACCGUUUGCUUCCGGUCAAGGUGACUUACCACUCAGCCUUCAUGCGAGAAGUCGCUCCGGAGUACUUAGAACGUUUGGGAGAUCUAAAUGUCGGUGAGAAGAUGAACGAUCAUGAUAAAGUGACCAUGAUAUCCUCAGUUACAGGACGACCUGUACUUGUCGGCGAGGUUGAGAAUCCUUCGUACUGGGUUGACAACCUUGUCUCGCCCGUCCAUUUCUCCAGUGCACUUCUCACGUCCCUGCAAACAUGGAAUCAAAACCCAUCUAGCGAGUACGCACUGAUCGAAAUUGGACCGCACUCUACGCUCCGCACGGCCAUCAAUGAGACACUUGCAGACCAUCCUGAACUACAGCCGUUCCAAUAUGGUAGCCUGCUCAAGCGACAUGAGACUGACGGAACGACAAUCUUGCGCACGCUUGGCCUACUGGCCUGUUGUGGAUUUGACAUCAACCUAGCUGCUAUCAAUGGUUGCCAAUUGGGAAACAAGAAAGCCCCUCAGAUUUUAACGGACCUCCCGCCAUACUCCUUUGAUCACUCACGGUCGAUCCGCGGCCAAACUCGGAAAAUUGAAAGUAUAAAGUUCCCAACAUAUAAACGCCACGAGCUUCUAGGUGUGCCAGUUGAAGAUACCAAUUACCUCGAGCAACGGUGGAGGAACAUACUGAGACCGGAUGAUAUCACAUGGUUGCGCAUGAACAGAGUGGGUACUUGGUAUUAA